AUGUCGCUUAGUGUGAGCCUGUCCGAGAAGCAUAUUGAUGAAAAUGUCAUCGAUUCGCCUCCCAGUGAGGCUGAACAUGGGAUUGUUAAGGACUGGGACAAGGAAGAGUCGGCUGUGAAGCGGAAGAUUGACUUUAUCCUCCUGCCCACUCUCGCUCUCGCCUUUUUCUGCCUGCAGAUGGAUCGCGGAAACAUCAGCGCCGUCCUGACCUCGACCAUCACCGAUGACCUGGGUAUCACCACCAAUCAAGUCAAUGUCGGUACACAACUCCUGUCGGCCGGAAUUGUCCUGUCCGAGAUCCCUUCCAAUAUCGUCAUGCAGCGGAUUGGGCCCAGGGUUUGGCUGUCCGGUCAACUUUUCGCUUGGGGUCUGGUCGCGACCUUCCAGGCCUUCGUGCAGUCGUACUCGGCCUACCUUGUCACCCGCAUUCUGCUCGGCUUCUGCGAGGGAGGAUUCAUUCCUGGUGCCCUGUACUACCUGUCGACCUGGUACAAAAAGGAAGAGACUAGUCUACGCACAAGUCUCUUCUUCUAUGGUCAGAUGUUUGCCUCAGCCACGUCAAGCUUGAUCUCUGCCGGUCUGCUGCGGCUCUCUGGAUCCCAUGGACUUGCCGGAUGGCGAUGGAUCUUUCUCGUCGAGGGUCUUCUCACAUUGUUCAUCGGAAUCUUCUUCACCCUCCUCGUGCCGCCCAAGGUAGGCGACGGCCGCCCUCUCAUCGCUUUCGGUCGCUGGAGCUAUUUUUCCGAGCGAGAAUCUCACAUCAUUCGUAGCCGGGUUCUGCUGGACGACCCGCGCAAGGCCAAGGGACAUAUUCAGAUCUCCUUGUCUGAUAUUGCAAAUACCUUCAAGCAGCCGCGCAUCAUGCAGCAUGUGUUUAUCACCCUAGUGUCCAUGUCUGGCUUCCAGGGACUGACCCAGUACACGCCAAGCAUGAUCAAGUCGCUGGGAUUCGGCGCGAUUAAGGCCAAUGCUUUGACUUCGGUUCCAGUAUAUUGCAGUAUUAUUUGGUUGACGAUCCUCUCUUUCGCAGCAGAUUGGACUGGCCACCGUGGACCCUUUGUUCUCCUUGCCAUCACCUGGAAUGUGAUCUCUUAUGUCUGCCUAAAGACCACGGCGUAUGACACAGGGAAGUGGCAUCGGUAUGGAGUCAUUGCUGUCGCCAACGUCUCCUAUUGCAGCAUGCACAUUCUGAACGUGGGAUGGCUUUCUGUAUACUGCCGCACUCCCCAGGAGCGCAGCGUUGCCAUGGCCCUGGUCGUGAUGGCCGCCAACUGUGCUGGAAUUUCUGGUUCCCAGAUCUUCCGUUCCUCGGAUGCGCCCAAGUAUGUGCACGGUCUGACGGCGAUCUGUGCUUUGGCAGGUGCGUCGUGGGGUCUGACGGCGAUUCUGUGCGCACAGUACUAUAUCCGGCGGCGCAAAGCGAGCGGGCAUGAUGGAGAAGCCCUGGCUGUCUCAGACUGA